UGUAACACAGCACAAACUAGGAACAUCUUGUCUGUCACGUCAAUUUCUUAAAUGCGUGCAACAAACCAAAAAUUUUGUAAAUAUCUGAAAAAUAGAGAUAUUAUGGUAUUUCUAUGUUAAUGAAGAUAAGUGUCGAGAACUGUUGAUGUGAAAACUAUAGAUGUAGUCAUGGCUUACACGGAAAAAGUGUUAUUAAGCGGCACGGCUCUGUCAUUUCUGUUUUAUGAGUGUGUAAACUCUUCAAAUAGUCAGGAAGGUUUUUUGAUUGGCGACGUGACUUCAGAAAUAACAAAUCAUAUUUCCGACUCACAAAGCGAUAAUGCUCGCUUAGAUACUCAAAUCGAAAUCAGGACGGUAUUGCCGCUCCCGGCAGUAUCACUUUUUUACUUCCCCACAGGGAGGAUAAAGGAAGAUGUACUCUCGGAUAUGCUCUCAAGCACUGCCAAUGAAAUUGUAGGUUGGUACAAAUAUCGCAAGAACACCAACAUCAAACCAACUUUCAGAGAUAAAUUAAUAUCAAAAGGGUUACAAAAAUACUUUGAAAAGUAUCAUGGGAAGAAAAACUUUGUUACUUGUAAUUUGUCAAAUAAAUCAUCAUCUGCUGGAUCUACACAUACUUUUAUGUACAGAUUUGGAAAAAUCAAUUGUUUCGAUAUGUAUGAAUACGUUGAGGAUAUAACUGCAAACUUAGGUGAAAAAUAUACAGGCUACAAGAAAUCCCAUAGAUUGUCACCACACAGUAUUUUCAAUAAGAUUGUGAGAGAAAGCAAUGUUCAGAGUAAUGACACAAGCAAUGCUAUAUUACGCAUUCAGGAAGCAGUUGACGUGAGACUUGUGAAGGAAGCUAAAGCUGCUGCUAAAAAUGAAUGCACUAUCAGGGAACUGGAGGCAGAGAUAAAGCAAAUGGCAACUAUUUUGUCAGACAAACAUUCAUUUGAAUUGCAAUCAGCAUAUAAUAAAUAUGUUGAGGAAAAAAUUAUGAACCGUGAAACUGAAAUGGCCAGGGCUUGUUUAGAGGCACUGACAACUCCUUUAAAAGUGGAAAUAUUGAAUGUUAAAAAUGCUCCUGUAAACAGUAAUCAUACAGACUCGGAGGAUUCAGUGCAGUUAAUUGAAAAUGAUGUAAAAGAGACCAGUCCCAGCCCUCCCUUGAUAUCCUCAAGCUCGUCAAAGCCAGUGCUUAAGUAUGCAGCUGCAUUAAAAACCAAAAACGAAGUAGCAACAACAAGUAAGGCCAAUCAUCACAGUGAUGAUUUGAUCACCUUUGAUGUUGAUGACAACCAUAUGAAAAAGACUUUGAUAAUAAGUGAAGAUGUAAAGUGUGGUGAUAGUUCACCAGAAUAUUAAAAGUGCCUUUUUUAGCUAUGUUUCUAUAUAUUUAAUAAGUUACCAUAAGUAAAUCUUUUAAUUUUAAUAUCUUUACAGUUUGUUGCUAACUAAUAAUACUCAUAAAACAUUUCUAAAUAUUAUAAAUAUAUACCUACUUAAUUUCCUUCAGUGCACAUUGUUUUUGCAUCCAUCACCAUAUCAGUGUUCCAAGUUUUUUUUUUUUAAUUAAUAUUUUUUGCAAUUAUUUCUACAUUUAACUAAGUUAAUUUUCAACAGUUAGCUAAAGAGUUACAAAUGCUAUAUGAAUCGAUUUCUACUUAUCAUUAUUGUUUUGCCUUAAUUCUAACUGAUAGGAAUCAAUACAAAUGUAAAUAAAUUA